AUGGCACCACGUCAGAUCUCAGUCGCAGAUAUCUCGUCGCACAACAAAGACACCGACUGCUGGAUAGUCGUCGACGGCCAAGUAUGGGAUAUUACGAAAUUCGCCCCCGAACACCCUGGCGGUCCAGGCAUCAUAUACAAGUACGCCGGCCGAGACGCCACACAGGCAUACAAUGAAACGCACUCCCCAGCAAUCAUCAAGAACAACCUUCCCGUAGACGCUCUCAAGGGCACUCUAGACCGAUCGACCAUCACGGCAGAAUGGUCGACCCCGUCAGCACAGCAGGAGCCACGUGAAUCGAAAGCUGCCUCGUCAUCAUCGCCGAAGAAACCACCCUUAGACUCACUGAUCAACGCACACGACUUUGAGCUGGCGGCGCGCAACACCGCCACGGCGAAGACGUGGGCCUUCUACUCCUCGGCCGCCAACGACCUGAUCACCCGCGACCUCAACGCGCGACUGUUCAACAAGGUCCUGUUCCGGCCACGCGUGAUGCGCCGUGUCGACAAAAUCACCACCGCGACUUCCAUCCUCGGCCACCCGGUCUCCUUUCCCCUGAUGAUCGCCCCCGCGGCAAUGGCCCGCCUCAUCCACCCCGACGGAGAAUUGGCGCUCGCCCGCGCGGCCCACUCACGCAACAUCCUACAAUGCAUAUCCAACAACGCGAGCUACUCGGCGUCGGAGAUUGUCUCGCAGCCCGAAGUGGCGGACCACCCGUUCUGGUUCCAGUUGUACGUCAACCGCGACCGAUCCAAGUCCGAGGCCCUCCUGCGCAAGAUCCACACCCACCCAAACAUCCGCGGCAUCGUCGUGACCACGGACGCCGCGGCCGCGGGCAAACGCGAGGCCGACGAGCGCGUCAAGGCCGACGAAUCGAUCCGCAACCCGAUGAUGACCUCGUCGGCCAAGAACGACAAAAAGGGCGGCGGCUACGGCCGCCUGAUGGCCAGCUUCAUCGACCCGGACCUCAACUGGGACGAUGUCGCGUGGCUGCGCUCGCAGACGAAACUCCCGCUCCUGCUCAAGGGCAUCAUGGCCGCCGACGACGUCAAGCUCGCGCUCGACGCCGGCCUCGAGGGCGUCGUGCUCUCCAACCACGGCGGGCGGAACCUCGACACCUCGCCCCCCGCGCUGCUCGUGCUGCUGGAACUGCACGCGCGGUUCCCCGAGAUCUUCACCCGCCAUCACCCGGCCUCACCUGCCGUCAAGGCCGGGCGGGCGCGGCCGUUCUCCAUCCUUGUCGACGGCGGCGUCCGCCGCGGCACGGAUAUCUUGAAACUCGUGUGUCUCGGCGCCGUCGCCGCGGGGAUCGGGCGGCCCGCGCUGUUCGCCACGGGAUAUGGCCAGACGGGCGUCGAGGCGCUGGUUGACAUCCUCAGGGACGAGUUCGAGGUCGCGAUGAGGAAUGUGGGCAUUACAAGUGUUCGAAGAGUGUCGGCCCGAGUAUGUCAACUCGGGGGCGAUCGAUAA